AUGUCCGGGCUUCUCACCCUACCUCCAAGGCUGAGCCCAGCCAUGCCCCUGAGGAAUCUCAUUUUGCCUGCUUGGGUUGGCACAACUUCAGUAACUGCCUCGCCUCGUGCCGGUGACAGGCCGGGCCUGCCUGUAUUUGGAGAAUCCUCCCUUGUUUCUGGAGCAAGAGGCGGGCCUUUAGAAAGCUGGAAUGCGCUGGAAGUUUUCCUGCAGAAAGGCUCCCCUUCACAUGUUGUAGAGCGUCCGUCCCCACGUCUCAACAUAGACAUGUGGCCGCUGGUGCUCCUGUUUGUGCAGCUCUGCCUCUGCUCCGCGUAUGAAGGGUCAGGACAUUAUACCUAUGGAGACGACGAGGACUGGUACUCUCGGAGAUAUAAAGGGACUCCAUGGUGUGCACCCAUAAAGCUGAAACAUGGUGAUGUGAGUUGUCGCACUCCCAGAGGGGAGCACAACAGGAACGUUAUGGGAACACGAUGUAAAAUCCGCUGCAAGCAGGGAUACGAGUCUCCCAACUCAGAGGUGGUGUGUAUGGCCAGCAAACACUGGUCAUCCAACUACGCCUGCAGAGAGGUCCGUUGUGCCAAACCUGACAUGCCUGUUAACGGUGGUUACAAGUGUUCGGAUGGCUCCUACUUCAACUCCCGCUGUGAGUUUUUCUGCUCCCCUGGAUUCAGCCUGAAGGGCCAAAAGACAGCAACUUGCCAACACACCAAGACGUGGAGUGCUGGAGUCCCCACCUGCGUCGAUAUUGAUCCUCCGAAGAUCAAGUGUCCCACUCUGAAGGAUAAGUGGGCAGAGCCAGGGAAACUGACAGCGAGGGUGACCUGGGACACUCCGGAGGGUAUUGACACUGCAGACGGCAUCCUCACAGAUGUUAUCCUGAAAGGGAAACCUCCAAAAUCAGACUUCCCCGAGGGACUCCAUAAGAUGUCGUACACUGUGUAUGACCGCGCUGGGAACAAAGGAUCCUGCCGCUUCACUGUCAGAGUGCGCGUGCGCCGCUGCAGCCCGCUGUUUCCCCCUGACAAUGGUUACAUGAAGUGUGACAGCGACAAAGACAACUACGGGGCCUCCUGUGAGUUCAAAUGCACCGGUGGCUUCGAGCUUCAGGGCAGCGCUGCCAGAGUGUGUCAGUAUGGACUCACUUGGUCUGGCACUGAUACUACCUGUGCAGCCAUGAACAUUAACGUGGGAGUGCGUACAGCCGCUGCUCUGCUGGAUCAGUUCUACGAGAAGAGACGGCUCCUCAUUAUCUCGGCACCAACGGCUGCCAAUCAUAAUUACCGCUUCCAGAUGACCAACCUACAGCACGCUCAGUGUGGACUGGAUCUGAGGCAUGUGACAGUAAUUGAGGUGGUUGGGACUUACCCAGCACAGAUUGGCCGGAUUCGUCACAGACUGCUGCCCCCAGCUCUGGCCCUACAGCUCAGGAUACUGCUUCGCAUUCCUCAAAGGUCUUUCCAAAUGGUUCUGAUAGACAAACAAGGCAUGGAUAAGCAGCGCUACCCGUUCCCGAUCACGGCAGCUGAAUUAUUCACCACCAUCGACACCUUGCCGCUCCGCAAAGACGAGAUGGUGCUUCAGCAGGAGGCGGGGCAGAGCUGUCAAUCAUAAAACGCUCAGAGACUCUCAGCCACCUUUGAUCCUCUUCCUCCUCAGACCUUUCCACGUCACACACUCCUACCUGAACUCCUCCAGUCCUGUCCAGAGGAUGUGUGUGCGUCGUCUGUGUAUGUGUGUGUGUAUGUGUGUGUGGGUGUGUGUGUGUGUGCCGUUAAGAUGUCAGUCUUGGUGCUAAUCAGAAUCAAGCGAUUUAUCAAAGAGUAACUUCAUGAAAUGGGUCAUACAGUCGAUUACAAUCAUAUUGAUUCCUGUGUCUUCUCUGUCUGUAUGUUUUUUAUAGUAAUUAUUAUAUUUUCAGAGCAGAAUUAUGUUUUUACUGUUUUGUACAAAAGUAUUUUUACUGUAUGAACUCAAAACUCUUCACCUGUCUGAUAUUUAUGUCUCACACCUGGAAUAAUAAUGUCAGCGACUGCUGCUUUUGUUAGUACGCUGUACACCAAAACACUGAUUAAAUAUGUCUAUCAUGA